AUGGAGAUUGAACAUGGAUAGUAAUAAGUCCCUACAUAUUUUAAGGAUCAAGACAUUAGUGAUAGAAUCCUUUUAUACAAGAGAAAAGGAUUUCUCGAGUAUUUAAAAGGAAACAUUAUUCUGUUUAAUCUUCUAUGUGUAUACGCCUUUUUUAGCGGAAAGUUAAUUCACUGUAUUGGGAUUUAGAUCAUUAACAUUUUCGUCUAUUACUUAAAUUCCCAUAAUAAGAGGUCCCUAUACAAUCUGACCAUUUUCUUGUAUUGGGUGCUCAUUAUGUUGUACUGUAUUAAGUAUCAUACUGACGAUUUAAGGACUUAACAAGCUUUUUUUGAGCAAAUUCCUUAAAUAAAUUAUUUGGCAUAUCUCAUUGAAAUCGUUAUAUUUGUUAAGGCUGUUAAAUUCUAAGAUGAUCUGCUUUAAGAGCUUAAGAUCGCUAUUGCUGAGACCAAAGAUGCUGAACUUGAUUUAAGAAUGUUAGUGAAGCUUCUUCCAGAGGGUGUUUUAAUACUUAAUACAAAAAACAAAAAUAUAUAACUCAUAAAUCGCACUGCUAUCAAACUUUUCAUCCCGAACAACGGAGAUGAUCCUUAGCUUGAUAAAGAAUCUUUAGGAACCUCUUGCUAAGCGACUCAUUAAUAUUAUGAAAGAAUGAGACAUGAAAUCAACCACAUAAUAUAAUCAAUCAAUAUCAGAGAGAGCUAUUGCAAGUCAAAUAUUGAUCGAAAUAGGAAGCCAAGGAUAAGAGAUCUACAUUCCUUUUUGUUUUAUAAGGCUCAGUCAACAAUAAACUUGCAAGGAUAGUUUAAAAUGAUGACUAACAAAAAAUAGAUAGAUUACCAGAUUGUAAAUUUAAACAGAAAACAUUAAGUACUAGUCUUAUUAUAAGACUUGAAUAAGGUCAGAGAAGAAGAAAAAUCUGUUGUUCAAAACAGGAUGCAAACGCUUUAUUUCGCUUCAAUUGCCCAUGAUCUAAGAACUCCUCUCAAUGCAAUGAUGUCAGCAACAUAAACGCUGAAAUUAUCUAAUUUGCCCCAUAGAUUUAAUGAAAUACUUGAAAUGAAUGUUAUCACCGAGGUUUUUACUAUGAUUAAACACAGAGCCGAGGCGAAGAAAGUUUAACUAAUUAAAAUCAUUGGCGAUAAUGUACCUCAAGGAAUUUUCGCGGAUAAAAAAAGAGUGAAUCAAGUAUUAAUCAAUUUACUCACUAAUGCACUCAAAUUUACAAAAAAAGGCUAGGUUGUAUUGAGAGUGAAUAAAGUUGACUAGAUUCCAAGAUAACAAAUCUCAAUCGAUAAGAGCUUUAAUAUCUAGAGUGGUAUAUUAGGAACACAAGAACGUGAAUUAGAUUUCCUAGCAUAGAAGCAAAAUAAUGGUUAUAUUCAAGUUUAGGUUAUUGAUACUGGCAUAGGUAUUAGUUUUGAAAAUCAAAGAAAACUAUUCAAAAAUUUUGGAAAACUAAAAGAUACAUUCGGUUUGAAUGAAAAUGGGUGUGGACUAGGUUUAACUAUCUGCAAAAAAAUAUCUGAAUCAAUGAAUGGAACGAUAAUGCUUGAAAGCUACACAGGGGUAGGUUCUACUUUCACUUUCUAUUUCUAAUUACUUCCAGACUAGUAGAUUUCAAGCAGUAAUGAUGAUCCCUAUGAAGAGGUUAUUGCAGAGGAGUUUUGCUUCGAAAAGGAUACAUUAAGUGAUAGAUAUAAUUCAAAGCAGGAAGCUAACAAUGUCUAUAACAAGUCCUUCACUGCUCUUAAUAAUAAAGAAUCUGAUAGGACUAAAUGUAUGAGCUAGAGUGAAACUGAACUGAGAUCAUUGGAAAGGAUUACUUACUCAAACUCCAUGAUUUUACCAAUGGAAGAACUAAAAUCUGAUGAGAUGGUUUUAAAAAGGAAUAUUCCAAAUACCCAAAGAAUCCCAAGAACUUACAAGAUACUUAUCAUAGAUGAUAACUCAUUCAAUAUACUUGCUCUUAAACUAUAGCUAUAAAUGCUUAUAAAUGCAAAAUUGGUAGUAGAUUAAGCAUUUUCUGGAUAAGAUGGAAUAGAUAUUCUAACUUAAGACCAGUAAGACCGAAACUAAAAUGACUAUGAUUUGGUUUUUGUCGAUUUCAAUAUGCCUUCUAUGAAUGGCAUAACAAUGAUGAAAACUAUUCAAGAGUAAGAAAGAAGGGGGAUUGUCAAAUUUGCAAAGACUUCAUUUAUUCUAUGGAGUGCCUAGUCAGAGGAUUAAGUUACUUAAUACAAGAAAUUCGGUUUUAAAAUGUUUCUUGAAAAACCGAUAGAAAUUACCCAGCUUAAAAAAAUCAUUGCUAGGGUAGGCAUUCCUAUUAAUAAUAAUUUAAAUAUUGAUAGCGAUGAUUUCAAUUGA